AUGGCAGAGAUUGUCGGUGUCGCCGCAUCGGCGACCCAGCUGGCCGUCAUGUGCGUGUCGUUGCUGGACCUCAUGAAAAAGAUAAAAGGGGGUUCGUCGACGCUCAAAAGAUAUCAUCAGCAACUCAACGAGCUUCGCAGCGUUUCUGAGUCCAUCUCGACAAAUCCUCUACUUCAAACACCUGAGGUCGAGAGUCACACCCAGACUCUAUUAGCCAUCAUCGACGACAAUUCUCUCAGUCAUUUGCUUCGACAAGGUCGCUUGCUUCGCACCUUGGGUCUCCUCCAUAAAGAAAGAGAUCUACUCGACGCUUUCUCCUCCCUUGAACGUCACAAAACAAACCUCUCGUUGCUCAUUGAAGAUAUCCAGUCCAGAGCUCUAUAUCAAAUUCAAGGCGACAUCAAGGUCAUCGCCAACAUGUCUUCCAACCUCCCUGUGGCAUCCUCCAAUCAGGAUAUGGACACUACAGCAAGAGAAAAAGACAACUCUUCCUUUCUCCCAAGCACGACCAGUGCACUCGUUCCACAUGCUCAAUCCUUCAACCAACAGACAUCUGGUCAGAUCGAAGUCUCGGAGGUUCUACUCAGAACACUGUUGAGUUCACUUUCCAACAAUCAGACGGCUCAGCAAUUCGUUCAUGGAGCACAAAUCGGAUCCAGUCAUAGACAGUAUACAGGUUGCAAGGCAACAGCAGGCGCUGAUCAAAUCAACGGCAUUGCAUUCAAUGGGUCUUUCAAGCAUCCAAAGGCAGAGACAGUUUCCAUUCCCGGCGUUUCCAGCUAUAACGACUGUCAGAAAUAUGGGAGCGGCACUCAGGUCAAUGGCAUUGAAAUUGAGAUCGCAGAGGACGGGGAACCGGUUGUGGUUCCCGAUUACAGUGCUUCCUGGAUUAAUUGUGGAGUGAGCGCCGAGAGCCCUGAUGCCGCCAGUAUCAAAGGCAGGGUGUGUCAGGUUAAUGGGGUGAACUAUCGCCCUGCGAAAAACGAAGACAACCGCCAAAGCAAGUAG